AUGAGUAAAUAUCCCUUAGUGCAGAGUAAACUGAAAAGAGAAUUAGCUGAAUAUUAUCUUCAACGUCUCUCAGUCGAACAACUUGAUUCGCUCCGCUAUUUGAACUGUGUUCUUCGUGAGGUGCUUCGUUUUGCACCACCUAUAAUCGGUACUCUACGAACACUUCAAGUCGAUGAUCGAUUACCAUCGAGUGACUUUCAAUUGAGCAAUGGUGACCAUGUGUUCAUUUCAUUGUAUAACAUUGCUCGAGAUCCACGCUACUGGUCGGGACCGAUAGAUCCUGAUCAAUUCUAUCCCGAACGAUUUCAAAAUGAAGCUAAUACGAUUAGCAAUAAAGCAGCAUGGAUGGUAUUCGGAGGUGGUCAUCGUCAAUGUAUGGGCCAAGAUUUAGCUCGACUAGAAUUUAAAGCCAUUUGUGCACGACUCAUGCAAUAUGUGACGUUUGGUGAUGGUGGACCCGAUGUUAAUGCGGGUGGAUACAAAUACUCGGAUACACUCUUACCGAAACGCAUGGGUGUCACAAUAACAUUUGACUGA